GGCUUCCUGUUAAGUUUCUGUUGCUACGGCAACCGUAGCUCAGCCUAAAUCUGUAGUGAAACGCUGUGCGAUAGCGUUUAUGUUUGGAUUCAUGGACGUUAUCGAAAAGAGAAUAGACAGCAUUGCGGAUGAAGCCGAGGAGGAGCUGAUUUCAGAAGAGAUUAAGGAAAUACGUCGAUAUGCUCUGUCAAACCAGCUGAGGGCAGGAUUUUUUGGACAAGAUGCCUGUGUCCAAACUGACGAGUCAGAGCUGCCAAAUAUAAAGAUACUCGCUGCCAACACUGCAGAGCUUAUGAAGGAAAUGAACAUGUUUAAAGAAGACACUGAAAAGAAACUGAAAAUAAUAUGUUUGCAGUAUGAGACCAAACUGCAGGAUGAAUCCAAUGCCCUUUAUGCAAGUAUGAAGGAUAAAAUCAAGAAUAUGGAGAACUGCCACAAAGAGAAAUUAUCUGUUCUUCGGAGAAGCUAUCAGCAGCAGCUAUCAGAUGCUAUGCAGGUGAUCAAAGCCAGCUAUAAGAAUAAAGAAGAGACGGAUCUAGUCUGUGAUGUUAUUGAUGGAAGAGUAAAGGACCUUCUGAAUGAGCUUCAGGAGAAGAACUUGAAGAUUGAGUGGAUGGUUGAACAGCUAAAGAAAUAUGAGAUUGGCUCCGAGGGAGUGGAGGACCCCGAGAAAAGCAGACUGAAGUCAGAGAAUGAAAAGCUAAAAGAUAACAUUGACUCGUUGCACGUCGAGCUGGAAGAAGUUCACCGAGUCCUGGAAUCCAAAGAGCAGAGGCUGGCUCUGGAUAUGGCACAGUUAAAAUCAGAGGCUGACGACAGCAAAAAAGCCCUUCAAAUGUUGACAGGUGAACAUGAGCAACUGAAAAUGCAGUUAAACCUUGAAAGAGAAAGUGGCAGAGAAAAGAUAAAACAGAUAAAAGAGGAAAUGGAGAAAGAAAUUGCAUGCAUUGAAGCCUCACGGAUGAAGGAGAAAGCAGCCACUGACAAGACGUUUGAGAGGCAGAAACCAGCAGAAACUACAACCAUGGAGCUUGCUGGGGAUACAGAGUUGGUUCAAAAAAUCAAAGAACAUAGAAAGACUGAAGCAAUGCAGAAAAAGGAGAUUGAAAGGCUCAGUAAGCAGUUGUGCAUGUCCAAUCAGGUGUGGGAAAAGAAGUUUGAGAUUUUAAGACAGAGUUUCCAUGCCAUCAAGGAUGAGAUGUUCUUACGGCAGACAUUGCGGCGGCAGGAAGCCAUUCUGCACAACGCCUCAGUCAGCUUUGCGAUGGAUGCUCCUUGCUCACCACGGCAGAAGUGUCGGCUGGGCUAUAGUAAUAUGGCUCCUUUGCCACGUAUAGGUGCUGGAGGCCAGCGAAAGAUGGACAUCGGCCUACAGAGUGAAAGAGGAGCAGAUGCCCUUCCUGUAUUAGACCCCAAGUUGAGCGUGGCAGAUGAGGAAGAUGAAGAAGUAUAAGCUGGAUGUCUUUCUCACUUUUCAAGAGGCAACCACCCUAGGUUUUGUGAAGCUCAAAUCACAUUUAAAACAGAAAUAGCUUAGUCUGUGCACAGCUUGUUUUUGUCAUUUCAAAACCUGAUGAUGUAAUAAAACUUCUUUAUAAAUCAGAAAUAAAAUCACAGAGUUGGGGAGCAGUCAAAGA